AUGAAGACCUAAUACAUUACGGUUCCUCCAGAGCUUAAGUCUAAAGUUAAUAAUGUUAAGAAUAGAAUUCUCUUCUUGUCCCCAUCAAUCACAUCUGGUGAGGAGAGAGAAUGUAGAAAGGACGAUUUCGAGUCACUAGCUAACUCAAAUAUUGGAGUUGGUGGUUUUGGUAAGGUCUAUAAGGUGCGACACAAAGUAUCGAAGAAUGUUUUUGCCAUUAAAGUCAUUAAUAAGGCGAAAAUUAUUGAGCAUGACUUAGUUGAAUAAAUUAAGCUUGAAGUUAAGAUUAUGUAUAACUUGAAUCACGAACAUAUUGUCAAGCUAUAUAACCAUUAUGAGGAUGAUGAUAAUUUCUAUCUUAUUCUGUAGUACUGCUCAAAGGGGCAGCUCUACACUAUGCUUAAAAGAGAAGGAAGACUUAAUGAGAGAGUGACUGCUUAAUUCUUGAGAGAGGUUAUUUCAGCUGUAUAGUAUUUACAUUCGUUAGACCCACCCAUUAUUCACAGAGAUAUUAAACCAGAAAAUAUCCUACUUGAUUCCAAUAACUCAGUCAAACUUGCUGAUUUUGGUUGGUCUAAUUUCUUUAAUGAUGAGAGAAGAAGACUUACUUACUGCGGUACUCCUGAAUAUUUAGCUCCAGAAAUGAUCAAGCAAUGUGGACACGAUAAGUCCCUAGAUAUUUGGAACAUAGGAGUUCUCAUGUUUGAGCUCUUGACCGGAAGUCCACCAUUUGAAGGUGCUAAUUAAAAUGAACUUUUUGACUCAAUUUUGAAUUUCAGAAUUAAAUGGCCAAAGGGAUUCUCAGGAGUUGCUAGAGACUUAGUAUCAAAAUUACUAAAAACUAACCCAUAAGAAAGAAUCAAUUUGGAAGAAGUUACUAACCAUCCUUGGUUUAAGGCUAAUCCUCCUAUUAAGCCAGUCUUAACUUAAGAAGCUCCAGCUGCUACCAUAACGCAACCUCCAAAGAAACUGCCGAUUGAUUCUGAUACUAUUCAAAAAGAGAACUACUAAGUUGUUUCAAAGCCAUCUAUUGCUAAUAAAGCUGAAACUCAAAAUGAAACUAGACAAUCUGUGCUAAUAGAUUAGAAAUUAGCAAAAGUUAACAUAAAUCUUAAUAAUCAACCCGAAAAAGAUUCAAAGGAUGCCAAUAUAGAGGAGCUUAACCAAAAACUUAUCUAAACUAAGAAAGAGCUCAAUGACUUGAAAAUGAACUACACAAUGAAAUGUAAAGAAAUUGAAUAAUGUUAAAAAGAUAAUACGGAACUCAAAGAAACUCUCAAUCAGAAAAACGCUUACAGUUCAAAAGAUAAUACAGAGGUCAAAAAGCUGUUAGAGGAAAAUCAAAAGCUUAGAAGUUUAAAUAAACAUAGAGACGAAAUUUUAAACUAGAUGGAAUCUUAAAAUAAAAGCUUAAGAGACACCGAAACCUAGCUUAAACUUACUCAAAAUGAUUAUGAACUUCUUCAAAAUCAAAAUAAGAGCUUAGAGAUGAAAAACAAGGAGCUUUAGGAAAAGAUCGAAUAGCUUGACAAUAAAUUAGCAUAAUUCAAGGAUAAGGCUUACUAAGCAGAGAAAGAGAAGGAAUAAGUAACUAUUGAAUAUCAAAACAAGAUCGAAUUCCUUCAAUAUAAACUACUCAACAAAGUAGAAAAUGAUACCUCUUCAGGUGAUGAUUCAAAGAAUGGAAGUGGAUAGUUCAAAGAGCUCUUAGGUCUUUGUAAGAGCGAUUUAGAUGAGAUUCUAAAUAGACUAAAGUCUUAAUUCCAAAAUGAGGGCAUUGAAGAUCAAUUGAGAAAGGAAUUACUAGAGUAAUCCAAGAAGACCAAUGAACUCAAGUCACAACAGGAAAGAUAAAUAUAUGAAUUAACCAAUGAGAAUUUCUAAAAGAUUGACAAACUAUAAUAGAAAUAUGAUGCUGAGAAGAAAGCUGCCAUUCAAAAACUCAAGGAGGAGAUUGCUCUUAAAAACGAAAGAAUUAAGGAACUUGAAAAGAAUGAAAAGAGAUUCCUAAGUGAAAAAGAAAAAAGUGAGUCGUUCCAAAGAUAACUUAGAGAAAUCCAAGAGAAGUUAAAGAGCUUGCAGACUGAUAGAGAUAUUCUUGAACAAGACAAGAAAUAUCUCGAAGAUACUGUCAAGAAGUAUGAUGAGAAAAUCAUGGAUCUUGAAUAUCAAGUUAAAAGAAAAUGA